UCCACACCCCCCUCGGUGUCGCGACCUGAUCACAUCUUCCUGUAUUCUAACAUUCAAAUCUGUUCUUGACGUUACGAUGGAUCCGCCUUCAGCAUCAGAGGUUUCCACCGUCGAUGGUGGCGCCGGUUCUUCCAUAUCCACCAUCCACUCUGACGUGAUUCAGACUCACAUCCUCACUCGACUCGAUGGCCCGACUCUCGCUUCCGCCGCAUGUGCGUCAGCUCAGUUACGCCGUCUCUGCACCGAAGAUGAUAUCUGGAAGAAUAUCUGCACGGCCACGUGGCCCUCUCUCGACGACCCGUCCGUGCGCGAUGUCAUCUCCGCCUUCCCCAACGGUCACCGUGCCAUUUUUUACGAUUCCUUCCCUUCUCUCGAUGCUCUUCCUUCCAAGACGAAGCAAUUGUACCGUCCUUCUCCCUCCGGGGAAUUAAUUUCCGCCGUCGAUAUGUACUACAAGGACACGCCCAUCUUCUCCAAAGUUCAGCGCACCGAUUCGCAAACAAGCUGGUUCCUCUGUUCGCCUCUGUGGGUCGACCUGCUCCAACCGAAAGAAUUUGUGCCGACUCCCGUUAAAUACGUACCGAAAGACGAGGAGUGGCUGAAGCACCUGGAGGAUAACCUGAGUCUGAGCUGGAUCCUGAUCGACCCGACCCGGAAGCGAUCGGUGAAUCUAUCCAGCAGGAGGCCGGUUUCCGUGCAGCGGCACUGGUUGACUAGGGACCUGGAGAUACUGUACGCGGUGACGGUGGCGCGUGAUCAGAAGACACCGGAGUGGGUGCAGUGCACGAUAAAGGUCACGUGCUGCGGGAAGGUUGGAGGGGAGAUGCACGUGAGGGGAGCGAGCUUGACGGUGGAGGAUAUGGAAGGAAAAAACCUGAGCGGGAAGGAGAGUCUGGGGAUUCUGCAGGGUGCGAUGGAGAAUGCGGAGAGGAAAAAGGUGAGCCGAGAGGAAGCAAAAGGGAGAUAUGAGAAAUUCUUGCGGAUGAAGAGACAGAGGAGGGAGAGGAAGCAGAGGAUAGAGAAAGCGAUGGACAUGAUUUCAGUCAUGGUUAUCAUCGUUGUUUUUUUAUUCUUUUGCUCGUUUAUGCUGUUCUGAGUCCUAACGUAACAGAAAGAAAUAGUUGGAUGAAUAGUGUAAUUAGCAAUCAAUGCAGCAACGCAUAGCAGUGAAUUCUUUCAUCUUCUACAA